GUAACCGUCAACUCAAUAUCAUCAUCACACAGACACACACACUAACCCAACCAAACCAACAAAACAAAACAAACCAAAACAAAACACAAUUUCAAAAUCAAACCACAACACAUACAUAGUGACAAACACACCAAUAACAUUUUCAACUCUCUCUCUCUCUUCUAUUCUCUUCCCUUUCUCUCACAUCACAUCUCAACAAGUCAAAAAACAAGAAAAAAAAGUAAUAAAGCAAAUACACAAAACAAAACAAAACAACACUCUCUCCUUUUCUUUUCUUUUUUCUCCCAUCUCCUCACUUUCCUCAUUUUGUUUUUCUCUUUUUUCUUUUUUUACUUACUCUUCUUUUUAUUUUUAAAUUUAUUUUUCUUACCCUUUAACUCUGCUCUUCUUCCCUCCUUCCCCUUAGUCCCUUUCUAAGUUUAGGAUUGGACUUAGGCGGUUGGUUGGGUUCAACUGAACCGGAAAUUCGUCAAAUGUGAUGGGAAAUGGAGUUUCGUCCCUCUGUUCUUGCUUUGAACCGGUUAACAACAACCGGACCAAAAAGAACCAACAAGUUAUUUUCACUCAAGAAGAACCAUUGGAUGAAACCCUAGGUCACUCUUUCUGUUACGUUAGAUCUUCGGCUCGGUUUAUUUCUCCAACUCACUCCGAUCGGUUUCUCUCUCCUUCAACUUCACUUCGCUUUUCACCAACUCACGAAUCGGUACCCAAAACCCGACCCGAUUUUCCUGAAACAACUUUCAAAGCUAUUUCUGGUGCUUCUGUUAGUGCUAAUAGUUCUGUUCCUAAAACGGUUAUUCAGUUAGAGGAAGAAUCUUCAUCUGCACCACCUGUAUUUGAUUCUGCCGUCAAGGGUAGUAUUGUCAAUGGCUUUGAAAGUACGUCGUCGUUUUCUGCUCUUCCGCUUCAGCCUGUUCCGAGAGGUGGUGAGCUUUUUGAGGGGAGCGGUUAUUUUCUCUCCGGUCCGAAUGAGAGCGGUGCGCAUUCUGGACCGAUUAACGCAGGUUCUGGCGUUGAUUCAGGUUUCUCCGGUGGGAGAGACGUUCCUUUUUCGGCGCCGUUAGGGGGGGUGUAUGGAAGGAAGAAAGGUGUGUCUGGGUUUAGGAAGGCGUUUCAAAGGAAGGUGUCGGAUAAGAAACGGCCGUGGGUGGUGCCGGUGUUGAAUUUUGUUGGGAGGAAGGAGGUUCCGGUGACUGAGGGGAGGGAGAAGCUGGUGGAGGUGAAGAGUGAGAGCAAUGUGCAGUGGGCGUUAGGGAAGGCUGGGGAGGAUCGGGUUCAUGUGGUGGUUUCAGAGGAGCAGGGGUGGUUGUUCGUUGGGAUUUACGAUGGUUUUAAUGGUCCCGAUGCACCGGAGUUUUUGAUGGGUAAUAUGUACCGUGCUGUUUAUAAUGAGCUUCAGGGUUUGUUCUGGGAAGUUGAAGAAACAAUGGAGAGUAAUCCUGUUGAGGUCAAAGACAAAACGGAGGGAGAAAAUUCCGGUGCUGGUUUGGUGAAUGUGGUUCGCGAGACUGAAACUGGAACGGUUAGUAAAAGGCGUAGGUUGUGGGAGUUCCUGGCGGAAGACCCUGAAGAUGGACUUGAUCUUUCUGGGUCCGAUAGGUUUGCAUUUUCUGUUGACGAUGCACUCAGUGUUAGCAAUUCCAAUGCAGGUUCUGCCAGUAGUAGACGGUGGCUUUUGCUGUCUAAACUGAAGAAUGGGUUGUCCAAGCAUAGGGAGGGUAAUGGUAGGAAGUUGUUGCCGUGGAAUUUGGGGAAUGAGGAAGAGAAAGAAGAAAAGUCUGAGGUGGAAAACAAACCUUCUGCUUCUGGUACUGGCAGUGGUGGUGGGAAGAGACGGAAAUUGGGUCCGGUUGAUCAUGAUUUGGUUUUGAAUGCAAUGUCUCGGGCGCUUCAAGUAACAGAGCUUGCAUAUUUGGAUAUGACGGAUAAGCGUCUGGAUACAAAUCCUGAACUUGCUUUGAUGGGUUCUUGUCUGUUGGUUGUUUUGAUGAGGGAUGACGAUGUGUAUGUUAUGAAUGUUGGGGAUAGCCGUGCAAUUGUUGCGCAUUAUGAGCCCAAGGAGGGUCAGGAUACUUCCAACAUGGAACCUGCAAGCAAGGAACAACAUGUUGGUGUUGGUUCCAGCAGUGGGAGCAUAGUUGAGGAGUUAUUAGCUUUAGAUGGUACUCAAACUGAAGGUGCAGUGAAGGUAGGGAAUCAGGGUCCUGCUCAAGAAAUGAGGUUGGCGGCAUUGCAGCUAUCUACUGACCACAGCACCAGCAUUGAAGAAGAAAUUAUUAGAAUUAAAAAUGAGCAUCCUGAUGAUCCCCAUUGUAUAGUCAAUGAUAGAGUUAAAGGUCGUCUUAAGGUCACCAGAGCAUUUGGGGCAGGAUUUUUGAAACAGCCCAAGUUGAAUGCUGCAGUACUGGAAAUGUUUCGUAAUGAAUAUAUUGGAACCGCCCCAUACGUAUCUUGCUUCCCUUCUGUACGUCACCAUAGAUUAUGCCCAAGGGAUCAGUUCCUGAUCCUCUCAUCUGAUGGUUUGUAUCAAUAUCUAAACAAUGAAGAAGUUGUUUCUCAAGUUGAGAGCUUCAUGGAAAAGUUCCCAGAAGGAGAUCCCGCCCAACAUUUAAUAGAAGAACUGCUUGUCCGUGCAGCCAAGAAAGCUGGAUUAGAUUUUCAUGAAUUGCUGGAUAUCCCGCAAGGAGAUCGGAGGAAAUAUCAUGAUGAUGUUACUGUCAUGGUGAUAUCGCUUGAAGGAAGAAUAUGGAAAUCGUCAGGCAAAUAUCUGUGAGGCCUUCAACAUUCAUAACAUUUUUUCCACCAGUGAUUGCCCUGAAAAUGAUGCCAUAGUUUCGCAGCUGAUCCAUUUUUCAUGGAUCUGACUAUUUUCCUGGUCUUCAACAAAAAAAUUAUCACCAAGGAAUCUCAAAUUUUAAUGGCAAGAGGCAAACAGUUACAUCUCUAUCAAGAAUUGAAGACCUGAAUGCAAUUUGGUAUGAUCUAAGAAUGGUGACAUUGCAGACAGGCUUUUGGAAAUUUUCUUUAGGAGUGGAAAAAAGAAAAAGAAAGUACCGUCUUUUAAACUGUUUCUUUUACCAUUCGCAUUUCGGCUUCCACCCCCUCCCUCUUUUUUGCAGUUAUAGAGAUGAAAAAUGAUAGAAAUUUUGCACAGCGAAGGUCCUUUCUAUUUAUUUUUAUUUUUUCUUUCUUUCUUUCUUUAUCUGGCUGAGCCAAGUAAAAUGUUGGUGUAUAUUGGUGGGGAUACAAGUGUACUGAUUUAACUGGAGCAGUUCUUAGUCAGGAAUGACAAUCUCUGUAGCCAAGGUGGAUUUUCACCAUAGCAAAUUAACAUGAUUCUAAAUUAGAGAUGGAAAUCAAA